CCUCUGCCCAGUGCCCGGAGGGGACCCGUGCCCCAUGCAGCCGACAGAGAUGGACCCUCUGACUGUUCCCCCUCCUUCCAGCCGGCCCUCGCUGCUCCAGUUCUUCAGAAACCUCUUUGGGCUCAGGAAGGGUGCACGGAAGAGCCAAGAGACUGGUGCCGAGAUGGAAGAAGUGGGAAACAUCAGGGACCAAGAAGACACGAGCAACCCAGCAAUUUCCUCCACCACCGAGUUCGAGACCAUCCUGCCGGCGGGCAACAAGCUAAAGGGCGACCCCCUGGCCAAGGAGUCUCGGGGAGAGAGGCUGGAGGAGAUCGUCAAGGAGCUGAAGGAAAUCAGUCUCGGGGGGACCCCGUCAAGCAGGGGCGACCAGUCCCCUUCGAUGCCAGACACCAGUGGCAUGGAGAUGGGAGACUCCUCCGACUGGCCCAUGACAGACCUCUCCGAGAGCAGCGGUGGCAUCGAUGGCAGCAGGAGCGAGGAGGAGAAUCACCUUGCAGGGGAUGAAGGGGCAGCUCCUGCUCCUGAUGCUGCUGAUCCUCCGGCUCCUGAUGGAUGGAGGAGCAGGCCCUCGCUGCUCCAGCUCCUCAGGAAUCUCCUUGGGCUCAGGAAGAGCACACGGGAAGGCCAAGGAACCAGUGCUAGGGUGAAAACAAUGGGAAACAUCAAGGACCAAGAUGCAGACAACCCAGCAGAUCCAGCAGCAGCUGAGUCUGAGCCCAUCCUGCCGUCAGGCAAACAGCUAACAGGCAACCCCCUGGCUGAUGAACCUCAGGAAAACACACUGGAGGAGUUUGUGGAGGAGAUCAAGGAAGAACUGAAGGAAAUCAGUCUUGGAGGCACCUCUCUAACCAGGGGCAUGGAGAUGGGAGACACUCCAGGCUUUGCUAACAUCCCUCUGAGUAGGGAAGGCAGAAUGGCACAGGAGCUAGAUGGCAAAACCUCUGGCCAGGCAGUGAAGUUCAUGGAAGAAGCUUCUGGGGACACAGGAUCUUUGAGAAAGGCCAGGGUCUCCCAGGUUCUGCUGGCCGACACCGAAGGGCUUGCAUCAGCUGCAGGAGACCUGCCAACACCCAUGGAGGACUUCAGUGCUGAGGACGAGAGAGAGCAUCUGCUCAAAGAGGACCUUCAUGCAGAAUCUCCCAAGGAAGAGCUGUCUCCCUGGAACAAGCUCAUCAGCUUGUACAAGCAGCAGUGGAAGCUUCCUGUUCCCAAGGAAAACCCGCUGGAGUGGAAAAAAGAAGAAGGCUCCCCUGUAAAUCUAACCGCUUCUGGUUUUGUGACACCCGUGCCUCACCACAUCUCUGCAGAGUCCUUUGGCACUACCGUCAUCUGUAGGCUUCCCAGAGACAGAGUGGAGGAGACCAUUGAUCACUGUGGAAGAGCCGAGGUCGACCUGAGAGCAAAUGGACCAGGAGCUCCUGAAGAAGGCUGAGAGCCUGCUCCUCAAAGAGACCGGAGAGCAGCCCCAAGACCAAGCUGCAUCUUUUCGUUUGAGCUGCAACCCCUUAUCCACCAAGGGAAA